GCCCAAAGACCAAAAUCAAACUUAUUUAAUUUUCUCAGUAGCCAAACAGUAAAAUUUCACAAAAAUUCUUCUGCCAAUCCCUGCAUUGAAACUUGAAACGGUUCUUCUAUGUCAAGUUCAAUGUGCAGGGCGAACAAUCCGAGGCGUUUUCAAAAUCGGUUUUGCGAUCAAAAUGGAAGAUUUCAGGCCGUCUCAUUCUUCUUCAACGAAGCUGGUGGGACAGAAAGUUGAUUCAGGGGGUCUUUAUAGACUGCUUCAAUGUGCAAGUAAGGGGGAUAAAGCUGGCGUAAUACAAGAAUUAGAUAAAGGUGUGGAGCCUAAUGGAGCUGAUUAUGAUAGGAGAACUGCUCUUCAUUUAGCUGCUUGUGAAGGUUGGAUUGAAGUUGUUGAUUUGCUUCUUGAGAAAGGUGCUGAUGUGAAUUCUUUAGAUCGUUGGGGCCGAACUCCAUUGUCCGAUGCACAUAGCUUUCGACACCACGAGGUUUGCAAGAUACUUGAAGCUCGAGGGGGAAUCGAUCCGGUAGGAAUGGACUCUCAAGCUCCGUGCUUCGAAAUCGAUCACAGUGAGGUUGACAUGGAGGAAGCAACCCGUAUCGGAGAGGGUGCAUAUGGUGAAGUUUUUUUGGUAAACUGGCGUGGCACCGAAGUUGCAGCCAAGACGAUUCGUUCCACGAUCGCAUCGAAUCCUAAAGCAAAAAAUACCUUUCUCAAGGAAUUGGCUUUAUGGCAACAGUUGCGCCACCCUAAUAUAGUGCAGUUCCUCGGUGUUCUAAAGCAUUCCGAUCGUUUGAUCUUCCUCACCGAGUAUCUUCGGAAUGGAAGUUUGUAUGAUAUAUUGAAAAAGAAGGGAAGACUCGACACGAAAACAGCCAUCUCUUAUGCUCUAGAUAUUGCAAGAGGCAUGAACUAUCUUCACCAGCAUAAUCCACAUGCUAUUAUACACCGGGAUUUAACACCAAGAAACGUGUUACAAGACGAAGCCGGUCGCCUUAAGGUCACUGAUUUCGGUUUAAGCAAAAUUGCACAAGAAAAGGAUUCCUAUGGUUACAAAAUGACUGGUGGAACUGGUUCAUAUCGUUAUAUGGCACCCGAAGUUUACCGUCGAGAAUCCUACGGGAAGAGCGUUGAUGUCUUCUCCUUUGCUUUAAUACUGCACGAGAUGUUCCAAGGUGGACCGUCGAAUAGGGCAGAAACAGCCGAACAAAUCGCAGACAAAAGGGCAUAUGAAGAUUCGAGGCCACCGCUCUCUUCAUUUUUAUACCCCGAACCAAUCAAAAUGCUUCUUAAAGAAUGUUGGCAUAAGAAUCCGGAUUGUCGACCGACAUUCGGAGAGAUAAUAUCACAACUCGAGGUAAUCGAACAGGAUUUUCAAAAUGAGAAAGCAAUGAAAGCCUGUUGUUGCUGUGUUGUCCUAUGAAAUUAUAUAAUUUCAUCAUUAGCAGCCGUAUGAGAGUUUUUUCUUUUUUUUACUAUAAUCAAUGUAUGUCUGUUACUACCUUGUUUUUUUAAACUGUGUUCUGUCAUGUAGAACCUGUAUUGAUUUUCUACACAGCAAAAAAUCAAUGUAGACAAAGAAUGUUGUAUCAUCAUCCCUUUGAUGUUUGUGUACAAAAGAACCUUAAUGGGGAAAUCUCUUAGAUCGAUCGAAGA